UUUCCUGUUUAAUGACACCUCUGGAGGACAAAUUGGGCAAUAUAUUGCCCAAAAAUCUUCUCAAGUUUAAAUUUAGAUUCCAGAUCUGUGAAGCAGAGGCAAAAACUGUGACUUGUUAUCUGCAAACCACCACAACACCUUUUCAUGUAUCUGCUUUCUUCUCCACUGAAAGCAAGGAAACUGUGUCGUAAAAGAAGGACGGCCAUGCAGAACAGCAAUUCUGCCCCCAACAACUCCAUCAGUCAGCCUGAAGGAUUUUACAUUAUUGGCUUAAGUUCAAUGCCUUACAAUAAUAUCUAUGUCAUGUUCCUUACUGUGCUUUAUGUGAUCACAGUCAUAUGCAAUGUCUCUCUGAUCACUAUCAUUUUCUAUGACCACCGACUGCAUGUCCCAAAGUUCAUGGCUGUUGGUAAUCUGGCUUUGGUUGAUCUUGUUCUCAGCACUUCUCUUGUGCCUGGCAUGAUAAAGACUUACCUUGUUCUAGACAAUUUUGUGCCAUUCAAACUGUGCCUUGUGCAAUUGUACUUUUACUUUACUUUUGUAUCCCUCGAGUCAUUUUCCAUAUGCAUUCUCUCUUACGACAGAUUUGUUGCAAUCUGCUUGCCUUUAAGACAGGAGUCUAUAAACACAAACACCAGAAUGGCUUACAUAGUUGGUGCACUUUGGUUCUUUAGUGUUGUUAUAAUAAUCUAUGCUAUUGAAUCCUUCCCAAACCUCUCAUUUUGUAGCUCUAUGAUCAACAGCUAUUUUUGCGAUUAUUCUCCUAUUUUAUUACUUGCUUGCAAUGAUAUAACAUAUCAGUGGAAUAUUGGCACUACUUUAGCUACACUCUUCAUUGUUGUACCUUUGUCUUUUAUUUUCUUGACCUAUAUGGGUAUAUUGAUCGCUGUAUUCAGAAUGAAGAAUAAUCAGAGCCGUUAUAAGGCGCUGGCCACGUGCACCGAACACCUCACAUUAGUCGCCAUAUUCUACAUUCCAAUUUUAAUUGUCUUCAAUUUUAUAUUUUUUGAAUUUAAUUGGAACCCCAACGUAGGUCUGGUGUUCUUGUCUUUGUCGUCCCUCAUCCCACCCUGUGUGAAUCCCAUCAUUUACUCAUUGAAAACUAAACAGAUUCGAGACAGGAUUUAUUCCUUGUUAACCCACAGACUGUCUGUUUAUCCUCUUAAAAAUGCACAUUAAUGUAUAGAACAUAACUGUGGCUUAACUUUUUAUAAUGUCAUAUCUUGGAGGAUUUCUGUGAUGCUUUUUGUAUUAUUUUGUGUUCAUAUUAAAAUGCAUUGUUUUUCAAUCAAAUUUGAAUAUAAAAUUCUGCAUUUUCUCUGCAGUUAGUCAUAAAGAAGCCAUCUCCAUGUAUUCUUUCAUUGUGCAAUAUCUCUGUAAAUUGUUCCCACCUGAGAAAAAGCUGCCUCUAUAUUAGUUAUCAUCACACACAUAAAACCAAGUCUUUCUUUUUAAUAAUU